AUGACCACAAACAAGAAGACAUUUCCCAUAUGUGGCGUCACUUAUGUGAGCCAGAUCGAGCAUGAAUACUUGCACAGCAAGAAGCUUUCAGUGUGUGCAAACUGUUUAGCUUUGGGCUUUCAGAAAUCUCUGAGGCGCUGUAAUGGCUGCCAGUUGGUUGACUAUUGUUCCAAGGAUUGCCAGAAAACCCACUGGCCCAAACACAAACCGUUUUGCAAUCUAGUGCAAGGGAAAGGAUCCCCCGAUGCAUACUUAUCCUCUAAGGACCAUGAUGAGGUGCUCAGGAUCAUCAUCGAUGCUUACCGCUUGAGAGUGGAGACCGACCAUGAGUCGCGGGAGGAGGAUCAUGGAAUAUAUUAUCCCGGGAAACCCAUCGACGGGUUAGUCUGGGCCAAAGGAGACGCCAUUGACGAUUUCCAGCGUUUCCUCGAUUUGAUCGAAGGGACCGACAUCUUGCCUAAAUGGUGGAGGUUCGAGGACCGAAUGGAAUGCCUCCUCAUGGCGAUUGACAAAGAAAGCCCCGAGUCCAUCUUCAAACCAAUCAACCAAGCGGAACUUCCCACACGUUAUGGCGGGGAUACUUCCAUUCGGGUGGCCUUGGCCAUCAUAGCUGAAAUGGUGGUAGGUUAUGAUGGCAAAGGUCCUGCCAAAGACGAUACCUGGUUCCAGGGUUUUCAGGAGUUCUUGGAUCUCCAUCCGGAGGAGAGAGCGCGUCUGAUUAAGCCGAGUGUUGACAUGGCGGAACAAAUCAUGAAGGAGCAUGGCACCGAUUUCCAACAAACACCAAAUGCGGCUGACCAGUGA